AAUUUAAAUUUGUAUCCUAGAAAUGUCUCGCUACCCAUCAGCCUACGGACACACCCCCUCCUACCGUUCAGUAGGCGGUAUGCCCGCCUACCCAUCAGCACUAGGAGCUAGAGAUUCUGAUCUACUACUAGGGAGUGGAGUUGCAAGCAGGACCUCUUCUGCUUUAUCUUCAGACUUUGACCGGGAGUUCUCCUCUCUCAAGUCGAGCAUGCUAUCCGAUCCUUUGCUGAGAUCAGACUCCCUGCUGUCUGAUCCCCUUCUCAGAUCUGAUCCCCUGAUUAAGUAUGAUCCUCUCAGUAAAUCCGCGUCUGCUUCAUCUUAUAAAGCAUCAAACUACAGUUCCAGUGAGGUUCGUAGUUCAGCUGAUGGAGGCAUUCCUCAUAGAGCUUCUCAUUCCGAGAAUACUUAUAAAAGCUCCAGGACAGGUGACUCUGGUAUUCCACACACUUCCUAUUCUCACUCAUCAAACUCAUUUGACUCAGAUAGGCCUUAUGGAAGCCGUUCGUCUCACUUCUCCUACAACAUAUAACUCAAAACCAGGAUUUAAAAUUUCAUCUUAAGAAUCUUAUUCGAUGCCAUUUUAACUAAAUUUGGAUUAAAAGGAUGAUAUUCUAUUAUUGUAAAGUCAAUUAUCUUUAAAACUGGAUGAAUAUCAUAUCCUUAAAUAAACUAGAACAGCAAGA